UUUAGAUACUGCAAAUGGAGUUGAUCCCAGGGUUUAGGAAUAUUCAAGAGUCCAGACAACAGGAGGAACGACUGGUCUUAAAAGAGGAAGAACUUUUAGAACAGAUCAUUGGUGAUAUAAGGAGGGAAAAAGUUGGCAACAAAGUUAGAUUUGCCUAUGCAACUAUUUCAAAGAUAACUUUGAGGGAGUUCGCAGAAAAUUACAGAAUUAAAGACUUGGCAAAGAUUCCUUUUCCUCAUAGUUCUGAAAUCAAAGCUUUUAUUAAAGCCAAUGGGAGUCAGAGCAAGAGCCAAAUUCAAAUAAUGAAAAACAUUUCCAGGACUCACAAACAGAAUAUAAUACUCUCUUGAAAUAAAGAAUAUGGGAGCAAUAUCAACUAUAAAGUAAUCAGGUCAGCCUUCCAGGUUUUCCCAGCUGAAAAUAUUAAAUUUAUUGUUGGAUCAAUCCAUAUUACUGAAAGAAUUUUCUUAAAAAUAAUUCUCAAAAGUUGAAGAUCAGCAUCACUCUGUUUCAAUAGAUGUGUUAUUGAUAAAAUUGAUGCGCACUUAAAUCUUGGAACUAAAGCUAGGUUACAAAUCUUGACUUUUGUUGGUUGCAAAGAUUCCAAAAAUAUGAAUAUCGACCAAAGCCCCAUUUUCGAAAGCAUCUUAAAAUUCAUUUCAAAUACCUCUCUUCACAACCAUCUAUCCGAAAUCCAUCUCUCAACUGUCACAAACGAAGCAGCAAUAAAAACCCUCAAGGCCAAACACACCUUAGACCACAUAAAAUUCACAAAACCCUCAAAUGACAUAUUCAUCUGCACCACUUUCGCCUAAAAUCCUAUUUCAACACACCUCCCACCCUUC